CACUGCUCAGGCAGUAGUCCGUUUCCCGGUUUCGCAGUGCCACAGGCUCCAAACUGAAAACACUUCACUCCUCCGCUACAGCACACUUUAUCCGGCGGCUUGCUGGCUCUGAAAUUACACUCCGGCGUGUGUUUGGUGCAGUUUAUCUGCUUACUCGGCUUUGUACAGGUCUUACAUGUCAGUCUGUGGUGGACUCGCAGCCCCAGCGGCUCCCCGGCAGGCCUCGCUGUUCACCGUGUAAACACCAGUCCUCACGCCGCGGUUGGGUGGGUCCAGCUCGGCCACAGAGGCAGCAUGGGCCCGGCGCACAGCUAGCCACUGCUCUCAGAAGCCACAGAAAGGGAUGAACCGUAUCCGUGUUGGACUGUUCAGCUUGGAUGUCAGUGCUAACGGGGUUUGGCUGUCAGAAUGAACGGCACUCAGCAGAGUGAUACCAAGAGGCAGCACCUCCUGGAGAGGCUGCUGGAUGCUGUCAAACAGUGCCAAAUCCGUUUUGGAGGAAGAAAGGAGAUUGCCACAGACUCAGACAGCAGGGUGAUCUGUCUGUGCGCCCAGUUUGAAGCGGUGCUGCAGCAUGGCCUGAGGAAGAACCGAGGCCUGGCUCUCACCGCCGCUGCUCUCAAGCAGGCUGCGGGCUUUAGCAGCAAGACAGAAGCAGAGUUGACUUUCUGGUUCUAUGUGAAGGAGCAUCUGAACCGCCAUGAGCUCCAGCGGUUCUACUCCCUACGUCAAAUCUCCUCAGAGCUUGGGCGGGGUCGUGCCUGGCUGCGCUGCGCCCUCAAUGAGCACUCACUGGAGCGCUACCUGCACACACUGCUGGCUGACCGCCCACGCCUGGGAACUUACUAUGAAGACUGGGCUUUUAUUCUUGACGAAGAGAGAGCAAGUAUGCUCCCCACCAUGGCUGCAGGUCUGAACUCCAUCCUGUUUGCCAUCAACAUCGAUAACAGUGACCUGAAUGGCGGGGUGACCCGAGGAGGAGGCCCCUCUGUGUCCGACCUCCUCAAGGAGUCCACACAGGGCAUCGGCAGUCUGUGGAAAGAGUCGACUCAGGGGGUCAGCAGCCUGUUGCGAGAGAUCAGCACCGCCACGGCUGUGGUGCCCGGCUUCACUCCCAAAGUGGACGGAGCCUCAGACCCGCUACCUGUCCUGCCACGCAGCACCUCUGCUGACUCAGGGCUGAGGAAAGAGCGCCGGAGGAAAAAGAAAAUCACCAACAUAAUUUCCUUUGAUGAUGAUCUGGAUGGAGGGGCGGAGGACGAGGAGGAGGGAGAAGAGGACUCCCAGAAGAUGGGCACCAUGAGGAAGAGCCACACUGCCCCUGCUCAGAACAGCGUGGAGGAAGGCAUAGAUCCUUUGGAGCCGGUCUUCCCUGAGUCGCCGGCCCAGAACGGCCUGGCUGAGCCGGGCAUAAUUAGCUGGGUGGGGUCCCCCCAUCCCUCUCGUACUCCACCUGCCACUACACCUCCUCUGCCUGACAGUAAGAAUAUAGACAAUGAGGAGGAGGAGGAAGAGGAGGAGAUGUACAAACCCAGGGCACAAACCCAGGAGGAGGAGAGGAUCAGCUCUGAUCAAGUGGUGGUAGGCAGCCUGCCCAGUGUGUCCACAUGGAGCCCUCUAAAGGGGAUGACCGACCACAGCAGCUCAGACAUCCUCAUUCCUCUGAACCCUACAGACCCUCAGCCAGUGAACUCUGUGGAAGAUACAGCUGCAUUUCCUGCUCAGUCUGAGUUGACAGGACCGGUGGGAAACUGUGAGAGCGACACAUCGCUGCUGACGUUCAACAUGGAGUCCAGUCCACCAGCACAGUCUGCUCCGCUCUCCAGUGUGCUGCCAACAUCUGGUCUGCCAGAGUCCAUGACAGUGGUGGAGCUGCGUCAGGCCAUUGUCGCCAUGAUGAACAGGAAGGACGAGCUGGAGGAACAAAACUCGUCUCUUCGCAGUCUGCUGGACGGGGAGAUGGAGCACUCAGCAGGCCUGAGGCAGGAAACUGAUCUGCUGAAGAGGAAGCUGGCAGAGCUGGAGGAGAGACAUACAGCCAAGGUCCAGGCACUUGCCAGGGAGAAUGAGGUCCUGAAGGUCCAGUUGAAGAAGUAUGUGGGGGCGGUGCAGAUGCUGAAGAGAGAGGGGAGUCAGGGCAAUGAUGCUCUGUCAGUAUUGCGGUCAAGUGAAGAGCAAGCCCCUGUCCCGCAGAAUAAGUUCAUGGGUGACAUCGAGGAGCUGGCUGCCAGCUAUGAACGCAAACUCAUAGAGGUAGCCGAGAUGCACGGUGAGCUGAUAGAGUUUAAUGAGCGCCUGUACCGCUCCCUCAUGGCCAAAGACCACCUCAUUGUCCAGAUGAGGCAGGAACUCAUUGACCUGAGAGGACCGGUGUACAUCCGUAUCCUGGACAACGAGUGGAACGUGUACAGGCGCUACACCGAGUUCAGGGAGCUCCACAACCACCUGAGAAGCCAGUUUCCACAGGUUGACACCUUCAACUUCCCACCCAAGAAAGCCAUAGGGAACAAGGAUGCCAAGUUUGUGGAGGAGAGGAGGAAGCAGCUGCAGGGCUACCUGCGCAUAGUGAUGAACAAACUGAUCCAGACACUGCCGGAGUUCACAGCCCGCCCCACCAAAGAGACCCUGCUGUCUCUGCUGCCUUUCUGUCUAGACACACCCCAGGCCAACGAUGGUGGAGCCAAGACGCCCCGGUCCAAAACCUCAUCCCGCUUUCCUAGACUGGGCCGCAGCCGCAACCAGGAAGCCAGGCCUGAACCCCAGAGUGGCGACCUUUAACCCCAGAGCCUUUGAACUAGUAAUCUCUCACUAAUAAUCGAUCAACUGCGGACGACGAUGUUCCUAUCCACCCUGGACUGUUACACACAGGCUCAUAGUGUGUGAGGACAUUAAGGGUGUCUAACGGACAGAUAAAAAGCCUCAGUCGAGGAGGGGAGAUGGAAGAGUUCACAUCGCAGGCCUCUAGGAGAUAUGUAAAUGUUUCGGUGCAUUGCCUGGCUGAGUAAAGGAUAAAUGACUCCCCCGAGGCUGCCUAUCGAUGGACCCAAUCAUACAGCCCCUCUUACCUCACUGAGAGACCAAAAGACUCUCUGUUAACUGCACAUGAACUAGCCUGGACUGCUAUCUCUAAUCUCAAACACAAUGAGAUGACGGGGACAUGUUUUUUUUUCGUACUCAGUUUUGUAGUGAAAGUGUAUCAUGGUCACAGUGCCUACAGUGUUUUGUAGCUGCUUUCCUGCUCUGAGUAGGGUUUGGAUGGGUGUGUAGAGAGGUGAACAGGGGGUAGACUAAAGAACUCCCUUGGGCAAUGAACGGUGUCAGCAUUAUUGUGCCAAUACAUUUUAGACGAUGAUGAUUCACAAUCUCUGGCGUGGACCACCAGGCAAUGGGCAUUCCUUUUUCUACUUCUGUUAUAUUAUUAUUAUGAUUAUGAUUAUGGCUAUUACGGAUAAUCUGCAGGAAGUGUAACAUAUCUUAAUGUCACCGGGGAUGCAGUAAUUAUCAAAAUAUCUUUUUUAAUUCCACAUAAUGAUUAUAUUAAAGGAUUAGGUUUAAGCACCACUGAUAAAACCAACAUCUCUUAGGGAUUGUACUAAAAUGAUUGGGGUGAGGAGGUGGGAAUCUUUUUGAAGACCUUCCAUAGCAUUAUUAUUUUCUUUGGACCCCUCCCCUUGACUUCACUAUUAAGAGGCAAAGGACAAAGGAUUUAAGAUUCAGUAAUUUAAUUUUAACCUAUAUAUUUAUAUAUAGUGGAAUAAUAAUGUCCACAGUAGCCAUUAAUGCACACACGUAACAAAAUGAUAUAUUAUUCUAGCCACAUUAUUUUAGAGUAAAUAAAGGGCUCUACCAACCUACCCUUCAGCAAAAAGAAAAAUAGAUAACCCUUCCUCCUUUUUUGACCUCCCCCCUAAUAAUUUUUGGACAGUCCCUUAUCGAGAAAGUUCAUAAAUAAGCAUAGAUUCUCACUGUUUCCUCUCAUAAAUAUAUAUUCCUCAUAUCCACAAGUCUUAGAUCAGUUUCAAAUACUUACUGUGAUGUGUAUGAUAAAAAAAUCUCAUAAAUAGUUUUAAGCAGAAAGGAAGGGAAACACUAUUUUACCAUUGAAAUAGAGAUGAAGCUGUGUUCCACUAUAUCACAUAAAUUAAAAGUCUUCAUCAAAGGCCGACGGGCUAUACUGAAUGCGAUGUUUAAAGAUUGUUUAACUAAUGUGCCCUAGCAGGAUUUAAUGCAGCGUUAUGUUGCAAAUGAAUGUUUUAAUGAUGACUAAACACUUGAAGAAAAGCUGCUUGUUAGAGUGCAAGGAAAGGGCUGCUGAGCAUCAAGUGUGUGUAAAACAGAAGCUCAUGCAUAUGUAUGGUUUACCCAAGAGUAGUCAGAGACUAUGUUCAAAACGAGGAGCGAUUGCGUUAUAGGGGUUUCAGAAAACUUGAAUCAAAAGGUUGGCUCGCAAAAAUGGUAAACAUUGUUCACCGUCUAUGAGGGGAGGUGAAUAAACAAGGCUUGUGGGUUUUAAUUAAGUUGUUAUUCUUACACAAAAGUGACCCUCACAAGUAUCCAACUACUGGUAAACACUGCGCCGUGUUGUAGGUGAGGAAAUUCUCACAGGGAUGACGUCAAAUAACCUUUUUUUUUUAAUGAUAUUCUGUCAUCUGAUAAAACAGCCUGGAAAAGAAAAUAAGGUAUAGUAUCAAAACGUCAUAAAGUAAUUAUUUCACACAGUUCAGACAUUCUUUUUGGACAGGUGGCACUGCUGUUGCAUCCUAUCAAGAACAUGUUAUGUAAGUUAAACAUGGAUAUCUGUGAUUAUUUUUAUUAAAAACUAUACUCUGCUGUGAUACAGUAAAACAGUAGAAUUGGUAAUAUUUUAAGUGUAGCACUGACUUGUAUGCAUUUGAAAAAAUCAGCUCACUGCAUCUUACUAUAUCCUGCACCGCUGACGAACCACAUAGUCACAGUUUCUCCAUUUUAACAAGUAGCCUUUUCAUAAACAUCUGUGUGGUUGGGGUCAGUGUGUCUCUGGGACCACCAGUGGGUCCAACUUCCCUGCACAAAUAUAUAUGUGGUAAUGUACAGUAAUUAUGCACAGUGGAGUUUUGGAGUGGCGCCAUGGAGUGAUGUUUAUAUGUGUGGGUCACCAUUUUGGUUGUAUGAUCCAUGAACACCCGGGCGAGAUUUUGAACUUAAAAUGACAUUUUUGUUGAUUAAAGGAACACUCCACAACACUCCACGGGGCACCUUUAAACCUAGAACUUUUUGUUCCAGAUAACCGAAGAAGGUGCUGAUCUUUUCUCUUGCAGUUGCUAAGCAGUUACUCAAAACUAGUUUGAAUCAGGAUUGUUUUGCUGAAAGUUAAAAUGAUCUUUCUUUUAUGGCUUGAAGCUCUAAAUGCUAAAAAUAUCUCAGGUACUGUCCAGAAUAUACAAGUACAAAUGUUUCAUUGACAAUACCAAGAAAAAAAGAGGCCAGAGCUCCUGGCAGGUUUACUCCUCCAUCUUGGGGUAUAGAAGUUUUCAUAUGAUCAUAAGUAGCUCCAUCUUCCUGCCUGAGAAUCCACCAGACGUUGGAUGAAUUGAAUCUUAAUGUACUUUGAGGCUGUUAAUCAGAGCGGUGACAAGCAAACAAAGUGGGUUUAGUUUUUUAGAGAUGCAGCCAAAUUGUUCUCUUGCAGUAUGCCAUGUCUGUUCUCGCAUACUUUUCUGUCCUUGCCUUAGUCAGCAGUCAGGCCUUAUCUAUCAGUGUCACAGCAAAGAGGGGAUGAACAAUAAAGUACAUUGUGUACAGUACAA